AACAACAACAAUACCAAGACAAACAAUUAAGAACAGAGAGAUCUUUCAGUAGUGUUACUAUUGCGGGGAGAAACAGAGAGAGAGAGAGCAGUGAUAAAUGGAGUUGUGGGUUCGAUUUCUCGUGCUUUUUCUGGCGUGCCUUCUUCCGGGUUUGGUUGAGAGCAGAAUCCGACACUACAAGUUUAAUGUGGUCUUGAAAAAUACUACCAGACUAUGCUCCACCAAGCCGAUCGUAACCAUUAACGGUCGGUUCCCGGGGCCAACCCUCUAUGCCAGGGAAGACGACACAGUGCUCGUCAAAGUUACCAACCAUGUCAAGUAUAAUGUUUCCAUUCACUGGCAUGGUGUCCGGCAACUGCGAACUGGUUGGGCAGAUGGUCCAGCAUACAUCACACAGUGCCCAAUUCCCCCAGGCCAAAGCUAUGUGUACAACUUCACCAUCACAGGGCAAAGAGGCACACUUCUUUGGCAUGCGCAUAUUCUCUGGCUAAGGGCCACAGUCCACGGUGCCCUUGUAAUUUUGCCCAAGCGUGGUGUGCCUUAUCCAUUCCCGGCACCCCACAAGGAAGUGAAUGUCAUAUUAGCUGAAUGGUGGAAAUCAGAUACUGAAGCAGUGAUCAAUCAAGCUCUCAGUUCUGGUAUAGCACCAAAUGUCUCAGACGCUCACAUCAUUAACGGCCAUCCAGGCCCCGUUGCAAAUUGUUCUUCCGAAGGCGGCUUUACAUUGCCUGUGGAAAACGGCAAGACCUACCUGCUACGAAUCAUCAAUGCUGCGCUCAAUGAGGAGCUCUUCUUCAAAAUUGCAGGACACAAAUUGACCAUAGUGGAAGUAGAUGCUACCUAUGUGAAACCAUUCAAGACAGACACCAUUGUGAUUGCCCCAGGGCAAACCACCAAUGCCCUCAUCACGGCGAAUCAAAACUCAGGCAAGUACUUGGUUGCAGCCUCACCAUUCAUGGACUCUCCCAUUGCUGUCGACAACCUCACUGCCACUGCAACUCUGCAUUAUUCAGGCACACUUGCAACCACACCCACAACUCUCACCAACCCACCUCCCCAAAACGCAACCCAAGUUGCUAACAAUUUUAUCAACUCCCUCAAAAGCUUAAAUUCCAAGAAAUUUCCAGCCAAAGUCCCAUUGAAAGUUGACCACAACCUCUUGUUCACAGUUGGGCUCGGGAUCAACCCGUGCCCUACUUGCAAAGCAGGUAAUGGGAGCAGAGUUGUGGCAAGUGUCAACAAUGUCACAUUUGUUAUGCCAACAACUGCUCUUCUUCAAGCUCAUGUUUUCAACAUCAGUGGGGUUUUUACCACCGAUUUUCCGGGCAACCCGCCAAAUACCUUCAACUUUUCUGGAGGUCCACCUGCAAAUGCGAGCAUGGCAACCACAAAUGGGACAAAGCUUUAUAGGCUGGCUUAUAACUCGACUGUUCAACUUGUUUUGCAAGACACUGGGACUAUAGCCCCUGAGAACCACCCUGUCCAUUUACAUGGAUUCAAUUUCUAUUCUGUGGGCAGGGGAGUGGGGAAUUACAAUCCCAAGAAGGAUCCUAAGAAGUUUAAUCUUGUUGAUCCUGUUGAAAGGAACACAGUUGGAGUGCCAUCCGGCGGAUGGGCAGCUAUCCGAUUUCAAGCAGAUAAUCCAGGGGUGUGGUUCUUGCAUUGCCACCUUGAAGUGCACACGACAUGGGGGCUUAAGAUGGCAUUCUUGGUGGACAAUGGGAAAGGACCGAAUGAAUCAAUUCUACCACCUCCAAGCGAUCUCCCAAAAUGUUAAUGUAGCCAAAAGGGGCCUCUAGUCUUGCAAGUAGAGAGAACUAACAAAAAAAGAGACGUGCGGACUCAAAGGCACAUGAUCAAGAAGAAGAAGAAAGAGCGGAUGAAUAAACAAACAAAUUUAUAUAUAUAUAUAUAUAUUUCUAGAUUCAAACUUAUUUCUUGAGUAACUGAAAAAAUUUGCUUGAGCAAAGUUUGAGUUAAUUUUUGGUUGUUGAAGUGAAGAAUACCGCAUUUUUUUUCAAGAAUUAAUAUAUGUAUUGGAUCUUGGAUGUG